GUAAGUAACUGUAGUUUUAAAAAUUGAAUUUUUAGAUUGAACCUGGGGUAUAUUUGCUAGUUUAUUUAGGAAUCUGAGUUGCUUGAUCUUUGCAGGGGUCGUGGGCUUCUCAUUUGACUGACAAAAGCUUUCAUUUUUCUUGUUUGGGGGAUCUGAAUUAGGCUAGCUUUGUUGGUUGAAUCAUGAUUUAAGGGUAUAGAAUUUAUUGGAAGCAAAUUAAUUCAGUAAAUGUUCGAAGUUUAAAUUUAGUUAAUAGUUAUGUGUUAAAAAUUGGAUCUUUUCUAGUGAAAUGGAAUUAUAGGAACUUAUAGUUCAGUACUUCAGUUAUAUCUGCUCGUGUAGGCCACUAUUGUUUAGUUCUUCUUCAGUUAUAUGCCUAUGUGAACUGAAAUUAUAUAUGUCUGAGCAAACUGUGAGCACUUUGAAUUUGUGACAUUGCUCACACACAAGUUGUAAUGAAAUUUUGUAAAUGUCAAAAAUUGUUGAGGCUGUCAUCUGUUAUUGUUAUUGAUGUGGAUCGUGGUGUCACUGGUAUGGCUAAUAGUAUAAAAUGUUGUGUAGGUAUGAACUAUGAUACCUUGUGUGUAAUGUAACUAUUUGUAGAUUUUAGUUGGUCUUUCUUUAUCGUGUGUGACUGUUGUGUGUGUGACUGACUGCAAAAAAGAAAAAGUUGUAUUUCGUUUGCUACUUUCUUUAUUAUAAUAAUAAUGGUAAUAAUAUAUUUUUUUUAACUUAAAUCAGAUUGAUGAGCACGAGGUUGGUGACCGAUGUGCGAGCUUAUAUGGAAGAAGAACUGCAGAUAAGUUUCAAUCUCCUUUUUUCAGAAUCGCCUGAUUUCCGUCAGGCGUGUAGGUGUGACGAGUGCCGUCACAAAAUCACUAUGCUCGAGGAAUUUGAGAGCGAGAUUAAGUGGAAGAAACGCUUAGUCGGGCGUUACAAUCUUGAGCUCGAUAAUAUCCAAUUACACUGUUCAUCGCUUCGCUCCGCGGUUGGAUGGACGCAAGGAAUGCUGGAUUUGCUUUACAAACACCUAGAAGAAGUAUACCAGAAGUCGGGAGCUAAAUUCUCAAGGAAAAGGAGUCGUUCAGAUGAUCUGAUGGGAGACAUGUACUAUGAACUAGUUGAGAUGCAUGGUAGUUGUAAUUUAAUAGACGAGCACUUUGAAAAUAUAACAACUGUGGUUGGUAAGCCUUCUCUUGACCCAAUUGGCCCUGAAAUUCAUUACGGGUUUAUCAAGUACGAGAUAACCGCAGUGAAGGAUAAGGCUUUUGCCAUUCUCCAACAAAUGGCUAAACUAGAUGAUGAGAUGGAAAAGAAAGGUGCCGAAGAAGGGCUGGAUCAUUCCAUUUCCAAGCACUACCUUGAAGAACAAAUCAAGUUGGUGAUGGAGUUGCCGGCCAGGGAAGUGUGCGAAGAAGCUACAAAUAUUAUUCCUGUAGCUCUAUCCGUUCCAUACAAGCGACUGUUGGUGCGUGAAGCUUCUACUUUCAUAUUUGGGACAUCUCGUGACAUAAUCAGGGAAAGAGAUUCUUUCUGGCAACAAUUUCUCAAGCGGCCUUCCUCGGGUGAGAGCAAAGAACAUGUGUCAAAUGGUUUGAAUCAAACCUUACAUUCACUACUUCAAAAGGUACAAGACUUCAAGGAUCAUUGGGAAGAGAAGUAUGCUGCCAUAAUUGGCGCAUAACGGAGAGAUCUGGCCUUGAAGCAUUUUGGAUGUUAGCUGAAGUAUUAUUGAAGAUGCAAAAUAAAGUUUCAUGAUGAUUGGACUUCUGCUUUGCACUUUGAAUUUUAUAUGUUUGAAUUUGAACUCAUUCAAGAAUGUUGGACACGUAGGCUUUGAAUGUUUAUAUCUGGUGACUUUGUGCAAGGGAAGCAUGUAAGAUUUUACUAAGGUCAUGUUUGGUACAAACAUAUCUGCUCAAAAUGAAUUUUUUUAUUAAUUAGGGUUAAUUUUGAAAAAAA